AUGGCCUACCAUAUUCUCCUUAGUCUUGCGACCUUUUGGCUCGUCUUAGCGACUUCUUCUAGUACCACAGAAACCACCAGAGCAACUACCUCCACUGACUCUUCCAUCCUUGCUUCCGAUGUCUCUUCAGUGCCAGACUGCGGUAUUGAGUGUAUCUUUACAGCGGGAAAGAAGAUUGGCUGCGCUGGUACCAACCUAGAGUGUAUGUGCUCGCACAGCGACGCGUUUGCAGACCAUUUCGAAGAAUGUCUCAAAAACGAGUGCACUAGUAAAAUAUUCAAAAACCUCUGGGACGUGCGCCAGCAGAUUUGCGAUGCAGUAAAAGGGAGUUCAAAUCCUGCUGCCUUGGCAUCGGCCUCAGCCGUGAUUGCGUCCGAUCUGUCUCAAGAGAAGGGGAGUGGCGCCGAGCGUUUGGCUUAUGUGGGUAUACUCGGUGCUUUUGCGUGGGGAGCUCUGGUUAUAUAG